AUGCAGAAAAAAUAAAAAAAAAAAUUAUAAAAAUAAAAAUUUAAAUUAUAAUAAUAAAAAAAGUAAAAACCUAAAGGAAAUAUACAUCUUCCUAAAUUUUUAAAGCAUCCACCAUCGAAUGACGACUUUUACCCUGCAUAAUUAGAUAAAGCAAUAUUUGAUUGUUUUGAUUUAAAAAUAAUAACAGAUAGAGAAAGAACUGGAUUUGAAGAAACUAAAGAAUUCCCAAUAGUUAUAAACUCAAUAAUAGCUGGUAGAUAUCAAAUAAUGGAAUAUUUAGGUAGUGCAGCUUUUUCGAAAGCAAUAUAAUGUUAAGAUAUACAUUCUGGAUAGAUGGUUUGUAUGAAAAUAAUUGAAAACAAUAAAGACUACUUUGACUAGAGUGUAGAUGAAAUAAAGCUCUUAAAAUAUAUAAACUUUAAUGGGGAUGUUAAUGAAAAAAAUGUAUUGAAAAUCUACGAUUAUUUUUAUCAUAAAGAGCAUUUAUUUAUAGUCACAGAAUUACUUAAAGACAAUCUUUAUGAAUUUUACAAAUUUAAUAGAGAAAAUGAAUCUGUUCCAUAUUUUACUAUAGGCCGUUUAUAAAAAAUAACAUAUUAAAUCCUUAUAGGAUUAGAUUAUAUAAAUUCCCUUAGAUUAAUACAUUGUGAUUUAAAACCUGAAAAUAUUCUUAUUAAAUCUUAUUCAAAAUGUUAAAUUAAAAUCAUUGAUUUCGGUUCUAGUUGUUUUAUUCAUGAUCAUUUAUCUUCUUAUGUUUAAAGUAGAUCUUAUAGAGCUCCUGAAGUUAUUAUAGGAUGUAAAUAUGAUUAUAAAAUUGAUAUUUGGAGUUUAGGAUGUAUUUUAGCAGAAUUAUGGACUGGAAAUGUGCUUUUUUAAAAUGACACUGUAUAGGGAUUAUUAGCAAGAGUUAUUGGAAUUAUAGGACCUAUUCCAGAGUGGAUGUUUUAAGAAGGGAGACUUGUUAAUAAUUUCUUUACUAAUAAAAGAUUACUUUAUUAAGAUGUUAUGGAAGAUGGAGAUUAAAGUUAAAAUAUUAAUGAUACUUCAGAUAUGGGAGGUAAAAGAAAAACUAAAAGCGGUAAAAUUUAAAUACUUGUACCAAAAAGAACAAACUUAAAAAAAAGGCUUAAAACUGAUGACAUUAUGUUUUUAGAUUUUGUUAAAUAGCUAUUAUAAAUUGAUAGAACUAGAAGACCUUCAGCAAAAGAAGCUUUAAAUCAUCCUUGGAUAUCUUAAACUAAAUAUCCUGAUGGAUUAUGA